AUGGAUCAGAAAACGAAACAAAACUAUCAAGGUAACAUCUUCAACUUACUCUUGAAGAUGUUAAAAUCUUUUCAUGACAAGAAUGCAUUGGUCGUUUUUCAAUUGAACAAUAUUGAUCUAGACUUUAUUGCUGAAAGAAUGGAAAUAAAAUGCAGAAGAAAUACAAUACCUUGUCAACCAGAAAUCAUCCUUGUUUACUUUGCUUUAACAGGUUAUAUGGCAAUUGGCGUCUGCCAUUUGCUCUUAACUUGGCCCGAUCUCUUCAUUGGGGAAAAGAGUUGGUACACAAAAGAGUUAUCAUUAGUUAUUUUUGGUAAAUACGGGGAAGCUAUCGACUUAAACUCCUCGUCAACUCCAAGAAUGUACCGCCAAAAAACGGGAACUUUUAAAUGGUUUAAAAACUUCGCGGCUUCAUUCCAAUGGCAUCUUAUUACACAUGGAUGUAACUAUUUUAAAAAUCGGCACAUGUCCAUGCACUUUUUCGAAGCAAUGUUUAAUGAUAGUUCCUUUGUUCAUGCGAAGCAAUGCAAUAAUUAUAGGAGAACAAUGCACUUGAACAAGAAUUUUCGUCAUUCGUUAAAUGACUCAACAGAUGUUCUAUUUCGUUUCUCUACUACUCCAAGUUAAUAUCGAAAUGCUCAAUCUGGAAACAGUAUUAAAACUUGAAAUGACACUAAAUAUCGACUUUUUGUGUAGGCUACCUUUGGAAAAAAGCUAAGAGAUCAUCCUUUGUCGUUUUAAUAGAUGAAAAUGAUAAUGAUUGUUAACAAUCAAUAUGCUGGAAAGUUCCAUACGAUAGGGAGGUGAGGUGUAAAUUCCAGUCUCACAGUACUCAAUCGAACAAAAGAAGCAAAUGGAUUCUUUUCCUUGGUAUAAAAGGGCAUAUUGUAGGAAUACAGGAGAAGAGAAUCAGUCCUGGUAAAUGAAAGUUGAAGCAAUUAGUUAUGGGCGUGCUCUGCAGGAGGUGCGAGUCUGCUUUGUUCGAAAGGAGGGGACAUCAUCAG